AUGAAAAUAGCAUCGUCUCUGACAGACAUACUCUUGAAGCCCAUUUCAUAUGAACGCAAGAAUAAAGAAUCGUCAAAGUGCAUUCUGGAUGAUAUAUCUCUGCAAAUACCCAAGGGAUGUCUAACGAUCAUCAUCGGACCCAGUGGGGGUGGCAAAACAACUCUUCUCGACAUUAUUUCUAGACGAUUGGAUAGAAGGUCUGCGCAAAUUGAAGGCGAUGUCUUCGUCGAUGAUGGCUGUAACACAGCAUAUGUCACGCAGAAGGAUUAUCUCCUCCCUUCAUUGACAGUUAAAGAGACGCUGCGAUAUACAGCUGAUCUGAAAUUACCAUUAGCACAUCCAUGCGAGAGAACCAGAGUAACCGAGCAGCUCAUUGUCCAACUCGGACUGGCGAACUGCGCCAACACUCAGAUCAGACGCUGCAGUGGUGGUGAAGUCCGACGAACCAGUCUUGGUGUGCAACUUCUGUCGAAUCCAUCGUAUCUCCUCUGCGAUGAGCCCACGACGGGCCUUGAUGCGACGCGCGCAUAUGAUGUUAUGAAAAUCCUGCAUCAGCUCGUCAGGAAUGGAAGAACGGUGGUGGCGUCGAUUCACACUCCUCGCGCGGAGAUUUGGAAUCUGGCUGACCAUGUUGUAAUGCUGUCGCAGGGAAGUGUUUUGUAUAGUGGUGGUGUUGAUGCUGUCCGUUCCUACUUUGCGUCUAUUGGUUUCGAGAUUCCUUUUCAUCCAGCCGAGUAUCUUGUCGAUCUGAUGGCGGUAGAUUAUCGGUCGACAGCAGCAAAAGCGAGGUCAUCAGAGAGGAUACAACGACUAACAGAAUGCUGGAAAUCGCAAUCGCCCAGGAAAGAUGAACCUGUUUUAUCUGUGACUCCAUCGCCAGUCACUCCAUCCCAACCAGGAUCUCUUCCCCAUCAAGUGCGUGUCUUGACUCGUCGCACUAUUAAGACAUCUCUUCGUGAUCCUAUUGGAGUCUUCAGUUCACUCGCCCUGACUACCACUGUAUCCCUCAUCACCGGAUACAUCUUCUUCCAGCUCGAUGGAGGACUACAGGCUAUUCGAUCCAGACAAAGUGCCCUCUUCGUCGUCACGGCCCUCAACAAUGGGUACUUGAUUCUAAUGUACGAAGUCUUCCGUCUCUCCAUCGACAUUCAAUCAUUUGACCGUGAGAGGCGAGAAGGCGCCGUGACGGUCCUCGGCUACGUGAUCAGUCGUCGAGCAGCAAAGGCGCUGAUUGAGGACAUCCCGGGGUGUUUUAUAUCCUGCGCCAUCUUCUACUUCAUGGUUGGAUUCCAGCCUCAAGCAUCUCGAUUCUUCAUCUUUGUCUUGAUCGUCUUGCUGCUAUACUACACCACCCUUGCCUUAUCCUUGGUCUGCAUCGCAAUCGACCGACGAUUCCCAGUUGCAACGAUUGCAGCCAACCUCGCCAUCACACUUCAGCUGGUGGCGUGCGGGAAUUUCGUCCAGCUCGACCAGAUCCCCGUUUAUACACGAUGGCUGAAGUGGAUUGAUCCUCAGUUCUAUGGGUUUGGGGCGUUACUGGCGAAUGAAUUCACCGGACCGAAUCCAUCUCCGUAUGGUCAGUUGUAUGACUGUCCGUAUUCUAGUGAUCCGGCUGAUCCUCGGUGCAAGGAGUACACGGGCGUCUUCAUAAUGGAUCGCUUGGGAUUUCCUCGUAAUUGGAUCUGGAAGCCUGUGGUGGUUUUGAUUGGAUUCAUUGUCGGGUUGUAUGUGGUGGCUGUGCUUCUUCUACACUAUAAGCGUCCGAACGCUACAACUGCGCAGAAUAGCAGCUCUUCUUCCGUUGACGGUGGUGAGAUUGAAUUGCUACCCAGUGGCUCAGACCAGCCAGAUGUCACUAUCCAAGUACAGGAUUAUUCCCUUGCAAUACUCAAACGAUUCAGGAAAUCACAUUCACGCGCUAUCCUGCAGUCGCUGUCAACGACAUUCCAUCCUGGACAGCUGAACAUCAUCAUGGGUCCAUCUGGGAGUGGCAAGUCGACUCUUCUCAACGCCAUUACCGGAAGAAUACACUCUUCAUUCAACACGAGAAACAAAACCACCGGAGAUAUUCUCUAUAAUGGAACACGCUGUUCAGCAAAGGACAUGCAGGCUAUAUCCUCAUAUGUCCUCCAGACAGACUAUUCUCUCUAUCCCUUCCUGACCGUACGAGAAACACUCUAUCAUGCAGCUCGACUACGUCUUCCUGGGCGUAUAUCCACCAAGGACGCACAAAACAAGGCAGAUCAAAUUCUCCAACAAAUGGGUCUGCAAAACUGCGCUGAUUCUCUCGUUGGCGACGACACGUUCAGAGGAAUCAGCGGAGGUGAAAUGCGUCGUUUGUCCAUUGCCAUUCAACUUCUCCAUGACCCGCGUGUGUUGGUCCUUGAUGAGCCUACGUCCGGUUUGGAUGCGUUUUCUUCGGCGACUAUCUUUGAUAUUCUUGCUGCGUUGGCCAAAGAGGGUCGAACUAUCAUAUUGAGCGUGCAUCAGCCACGGUCCGAUCUGUAUCGGCACUUUUCGAAUGUUCUUCUUCUCGGGCAUGCUGGUUCAGUGCUGUAUACGGGGCCAGGGGAAACACUCUUACACCAUCUCACUCAAUACUAUGGUGGACAGACCAAUCCAGCGGACCUGAUUAUGGAUAUCAUCUCAGGCGAUGCCCCCCAUGCAUUUCCACAUAUACCGCAGCCAGAAGUGAAGGCGUCAUCUCUGGAUAGCCAGAAGAAGCAACAAAAGCCGCUUCGCAUCAUCCUCCCAACUAUCCUCCACCGCGCCUUUAUCGGCAUGUAUCGACGACCAUAUCUAGUUGGAUUCCAUCUCGCAGGUCCAAUUGGAGUGGGCAUCAUCAUCACCUUAUUCUUUGCGCCGUUAAAGCAUGAUUAUGCCGCCGUUCAGACCAUCCUCGGUCUAUCGCAGGAAUUCUGCGUCCUCUACUUUCUGGGAAUGAUCCAAAACACGUCAACAUACCCCAUCCAACAGAAAGCCUUCGACGACGAACUCAUCGACCGGUGCAUCACCCCCGAGGCCUUCGUCCUCGAAUACACACUCACCAAACUCCCCCUGGAACUGCUCUCGUCAAUCCUCUUCGGUGCCCUAGUAACAGCAGUCGGCCUAACCCCAGCCGGCAAAAUGGUCUUUAUCUCCGCCUUUACCGCAUUCGUCAUUAUCAACUGUGGCGAGUCGAUCGGGAUAAUCAUGUAUACGUGCAUCUCGCAUACAGGGCUCGCGUUGUGCUUAAUCUCCCUGAUGGGGUUUAUCGCGUAUACACUGGGCGGGGUGAUGAAUCCCACUCCGCCGGUCGUGUUCCAGGCGUUUAACCAUUUAUCGCCGGUGAAGUAUGCGACUGCGACGAUGACGGAGUAUAUGCUGGCUGGGAGGAGGUUUAGCUGUGCGAAUUCGGAGAGGUUGGAUGGUGGGAGUUGUCCAGUGUCGGAGGGGGAGGAGGUGUUGAGGUUAUACAAGAUGGAUGGUGAUCCAUCGUAUAAUCUCAUUGGGUUGGCUGUUUGUCUCGUUGCAUAUAGAGUUGCUGCAUAUGUCGCGGUCAAGAUUAGGGCGUAUUUCGUCUAA